AUGAGCAUGAGUAUGGCAGAUGAAGAAUCUAGUGAAGAGGUUCAUGUUCCGGGUGAGAUUGAUUGGCAAAUGCUUGAUAAAUCCAAGUUUUUCUUCCUUGGUGCUGCUCUUUUCUCUGGGGUUUCUGCAACCCUUUACCCUGUCGUUGUGUUGAAGACUAGGCAGCAGGUGACUCAGUCCCAAGUUUCUUGCAUCAAGACUGCAUUUUCAUUGAUUAGGGGUGAGGGAUUUAGAGCACUGUAUCGUGGGUUUGGGACUUCUUUGAUGGGUACAAUCCCUGCUAGGGCUCUUUACAUGGCUGCAUUAGAGGUUACCAAGAGCAAUGUGGGCACCGCCACUGUUAGGUUUGGUCUUGCUGAACCCACUGCUGCUGCAGUUGCCAAUGCAGCUGCUGGCUUGAGUGCAGCCAUGGCAGCUCAGCUUGUGUGGACCCCUGUUGAUGUUGUGAGCCAGAGGUUGAUGGUUCAAGGUUGUUGUGAGUCUGGAAAUCCUAAGGCUUCGGCAUUUCGGUACAUCAAUGGGAUUGAUGCCUUCAGGAAGAUACUGAACAAUGAUGGUCUUAGGGGCUUGUAUAGGGGUUUUGGGAUCUCAAUUUUGACCUAUGCCCCUUCCAAUGCAGUUUGGUGGGCUUCUUAUUCUGUUGCACAAAGGAUGGUCUGGGGUGGAGUUGGGUACUACAUGUGCAAGGGCAAUGAUAAUGCAGGUAAUAGUGCUUUGAGGCCAGAUACAAAAACUGUGAUGGCAGUUCAGGGAGUCAGUGCAGCAGUGGCUGGUGGCAUGACUGCUUUGAUCACCAUGCCACUGGAUACUAUCAAGACAAGACUACAGGUCUUGGAUGGUGACGAGAACGGCCGUCGAGGACCCACCGUUAUGCAGACAGUGAGAAGUCUGGUUAGGGAAGGAGGUUGGAUGGCUUGUUAUAGAGGAUUGGGGCCUAGAUGGGCUUCAAUGUCAAUGUCUGCAACAACAAUGAUCACUACUUAUGAGUUCCUCAAACGGCUCUCCGCGAAAAACCAAGAGGUUUUAACAUGA